AUGUUUCGUAAUACUUAUCAAAAUGGGUUCCUGUCCAUUCUUUACAGCUGUGGUUCUUCUCCAUUAGCAAUUUGGGGCAUGCAAGUAAAGAAUGGGUACAUAAAGCGGGUGACUGAUCAAGAAGUCAGGUCCCUGGUGCUUGAAAUUGCGGGAACAAAUGUCACCACAACAUUCAUCACAUGUCCCAAGGAUUUGAAGAAAGUUCUAGGCAUAAAACUUCCUUUUGUGAUCAUGAUAAUUAAGAACAUGAAGAAAUAUUUCACCUUUGAGAUCACAAUCCUCGAUGACAAAGAUAUGCAUAGGAGAUUCCGGAUAAGCAAUUUCCAGAGCACCACUAGAGUGAAACCUUUUUGCACGACUAUGCCAAUUGGCCUCUCUGGAGGAUGGAAUCAGAUUCAAUUAAAUAUAGCUGAUUUCACGAGACGUGUUUACGGCACAAAUUACGUGGAGACAACCAGAGUACAGAUACAUGCAAACUGCAGGAUAAGAAGGAUCUAUUUUGCGGAUAGACUUUAUCCCGAGGAUGAAAUGCCGGUGGAAUUUAAAUUGUUUCUUCCACGCGAACGUAAAUCAAAUCGAGAAGCCAAAGGAAGAGUUAUUAGUAAAGGAGAGAUUAAGGGUGAUGGAGAUCAAUUGCCGGAUGAACCACCUCAAUUUUUGGCAGGAGAAGAUGCUGUCGCAGAGACUGGUAAAAGUAAAGAACGGCUCACAUUGCAGGAAGAGUUUGCUGUUGGUCCUGGAGUGCUAAUGACUCGCCAAAAGUCUGAUACGGCUUCAAGGAAGUCGGUAUCCUUGGGUAAAUUGAAAAACGAGUCACAAUUGCCUGAGAACAUUGAACCUGCAGACGUAACUAUUAAAGAAGCUCCAGAGGAUGAAGCAGAAGAAGAGAGCAAUGCAAAUAUAGCAGCAGAUAAUCUAGGCAAGGAUGAUAUGACUGACAAAGGGCCAGAGCCAUCAGAAACUGAUGUAACUGAAGAUGAUGGGACUAGAACCGAGACUGAAGAGAUCGUUGAACUUGCAGAGAACAAUGGAGGUUGA